GUCGCAGCGCCGCCCGGCAGCGCCCUCUGCCGUGCCCGCCGCCACCGCGGGACGCGGCAAUGGCGGCCCCCGCAGUUCACGCAUGAGCCCCGAGCCCCGACCGCCGACGCCGUAUAGUCUGAAUAAGAGCUGUCAGGAGACCUGCUUCCUCAGUUGCCUAAAAAUCAUCAUAGAUAUUGAGCCUCAAUCUGAAUACAGGAGGAAAAAUGCCAGCUUCUCUAAGAAAACUGCAGCAAAUGGCUGUUUUCAUGGGACUGUUCAGUGGUGGGGGAUGCAUCCUGAUGUAUAAUCUUAUGCAAAAGGGUUUUGCCAGGACCCAGUAUUACCAGCAGGCACUGGAGCAGCUGAACAGCAGUCCUGAUGCCCUGGAAGCCCUGGGUGCCCCCCCACUUAAGGUUCACAACAUCCGACUGACGGAUGGGAGUAACCGUGUGGACACAGAGAGAGCACAGCUGGUGCCUCCAGGAUGUCACCUUGAAACUGCGGGAUGGUCAGAAUAUUCCAGUUUACCACUCCUCUGUGGAAAGCAUCAAUGUACAAGAAGGCUAAAAAUCAAAAGCAGCUGCCUCUCCACCUCCCAUUGAGCCAAAGGAGCCAUUAAUCGAUUGCAUCCUGCUGUGUCCCUGAAUGUCCACAGUUGUUACAAGCAGCAAUUUUACUUAAGUGAGUGCUCUCAAGGCAAUUUUCUCUCUAAAUUUACCUCAUAAUCAUAAUUUCUUUCUUUUGUUGGUUUAAUUCAUGUGGUCAGCAGAAGCCUAAAAUAAAUAUCUUGCAA